AUGACCCAUUUCACCUAUUCCUCUCUUUUCUUUUCAGGUCUGACCUGUUUCGAUGUAACAACACAGCGUCAGAUUUCGCAAGGAUAUCCAGGAUCUUCAUACACGUCUGUCGGCCAUGAUGGAACAUUGAACGGGCAACUUACAGACGUCCAAAAACAUAUUCUUGAAAAUGGCGGGAGAACCAUUGGCGGAGAUGGACGUACGGAGAACAUUCAACCGCUCAGAGCUGGCGGUGAGGACCCACUUCGUUUACGACUGGUUUUUAUGGCGGAAGUGUCAAAUUCAGGAAAAGGUAACUCUUCGGCGAAUCAGACCACAAAAUCAGAGCGUCAGGAAGUUCACUCUCUCGCGUCUCAUCCAUCGUCAAUGAAUUUAAGAGUCAGUAAUCAGUUUUCGCCACACGGUGAUAUCGUGCGAUUGGAUUCUCAUGGAAUAUUAGUUGCUCAGAAGCGAAGGAAUCAAGCGCCUGUACCACAGCGUACUAGGUCAAGUGAUGCCGGACGAGUGCAAGGAUACCAAAGAACGGGUUCCGUAAUUCCUUCCCCACCAGCAAAAGCCGAGGCUCGUCGAUACAAGGAAGAAGCUCCAAGACCUGUGACACAUCAAAAUAAUGCGAGAAUUCCUUUUCGACCGAGAAAUAUGUUUAAGCCCCUGUCUCCACAAUCCCCAGGCUUCACGCCUUUGGAGAGACUCACUGACAACAGGAGAACUGUAAACACAAAUCCCGACCCACCGUGGCGUCCCGAAAGACAAAGAGAUCCAAUUACCCAACCAAGAGACCGUGUUCAUGCACCACAGCAACCUGUCGCAGCCAGAAAUACUGGUGACCCAUACGGUCGAUCACAAGGCGAGCCUUAUCCUCCACGAAAUGACAGAUAUCAAACUCGUCCAAUUAGAAAUGAAGGAACUCAAGCCCGACGACUCGGGAAAAUCUUAUCAGAUAUGGGUCAUACUCGACAUGAACCAGCCCCUCUACCAUCGAGACAUGCUGACAGUCGACCGUACCCCAUUCAAUAUACCAUACCCGACUCUGCCACACCGACUGAAAUGCGAGUACGAAGAAUUCAACAACCUGAAGUAACCCGAGCGCAGCCUAGAUACGUUGAUCACACAGCAGAUCGUGUAAGAGUACGACCAGAACCCACAACGCAUUACCAGAACGCUCAUCAACCAGUCAGCAGCAACGCUGGGUCAGGUGUAGCAAUUCCAGACACGUAUUCUGAUCGAGUUAGAGCUCCUCCGCAAGCACCCCGUGAUUCUGGAAGAUUGGUGAACCAACAACCACAAGUACAACGAACUGAGGUGCGAGCACCAAGUGCUAACAGUGCUCAAAUCCCGAGACAACCCUAUCAACCACAACAAGUGCAACGGCAAGAAGUGCGAACACCAAAUGUUAACAGUGCUCAAGUCCUAAGACAACCCUAUCAAGAACCACAAGUACGAGCAUUAAGUUCCAACAGUGCUCAAAGUCCAAGGCAGCCCUAUCAACACCCAACCACUGGGCCAAAGGGCCAAUCGACCACAAACGCUACAGGAGAAUUGGUCGUAUUGUCGAUGCAGGAAAACGCAGACGGUACUAUUACCUAUACCGUAGCCGAUCCACGAAAGGCUAAAGCGGAUAGAAUGAAUAAUAUACCAGUGCAAGUCAAGAAAUCUACUGCAGCUAGUAAUUCUAAUGUGUAUGAUCAACCGCAACAACAAAGCCAGUCAAUGUAUGAUCAACCGCGACAACAAAGCCAGUCAAUGUAUGACCAACCUCGACAACAAAGCCAGUCGGUGUAUGAUCAACCGCGACAACAAAGCCAGUCGGUGUAUGACCAACCGCGACAACAAAGCCAGUCAACGUAUGACCAACCGCGACAACAACCGCGACAUCAAAGCCAGUCGAUGUAUGAUCAACCGCGACAACAGCGCGAUUCACACACUCCGCUCACAGGUUCGCAAUACGACUCAUACCAAAGAGCAAUGGUCGCAUCGGCAGCUUCCGUUCCACAUUCGUACCAAGCUGCUUCUCAGACGCAAGUGCAACAAAAUAAAGGAUACGAUCCACGACGACACGACACUCCUCAAGCUGCACAGACGCAUCAAUACCACGGAAUGAACGUCAUUCCUAAGCAGGACGCAGGAACAAGAUACAACCCUGGUUCAGCGACUUCCUCUUCAAAUACCGAGAUGCAUAUUUCUUCCGUUGUAAGAGAACCAAUUACAUACGUCCAUUCCGUUACGUCUCCGACGUCGGAAGUAUACAAAGUUUCCGUUUCCAGUACAGAAGUCCCCAAACCACUGAAUGGAAAUUAUACUAUUGAUGAUGGAGUUGUCUACAGAAUAACAAAGGGGAAUAAUUCAGCACCUACGGAGAUUAUCCAUACACCGGUGGACAAAUUCAAUGCAACAGACCCAGCUUCAUCUGUUGCUAGUGAAAAGCCUACAGUCCAAAAACCUGGUGAAAUUCUUGUCGAACCCUCGCGGCCAGGCAAUCCCAGAUCUUAUGUGUUAAGCGAAAAUGGUGGCUAUGCCUUUCGUAGAGGAUCUGUGCCUUCGAAUCCAAACUCGGGAAGUGUAGGGCAGUAUCCAAUGGCACCGAGUCAAGUGAGUUCAGGGUACGGAUCACAGCUGUCCCCUGUAGGGGUUUCGUUUCAGGAAACCACGCCAUCAGCUAGCUCUAAUCUACAGGUACUUAAAGACAUUGUGAAAAUAUCUGGUGGUAAAGCAGCAUCUUCUCAAGUGUUGGGUGGACGACCCUAUAUUGCUCGUGGUUCACCAGUGACUCAACCACGUUCAACAAUUCACGCAUCAAAUGGCAAUACGUUAGUCGAAGCGGCUAAGGGAAUUACUAAAUUACAAGCUUUAAAAACAUUAGAGUGUAUUCCAGUGACCGUGUCGAACAAUGCUCAUUGUCAAAGCUCCUGUCUCCCUUUCCAAAACUGUGUUUCAGCGGGCAACAUAUUGUUUUGUUGUCCCCCUUUCGUGACAGAAGCAGUGGUCCAGUUCAAGAUGAUGCAGCGAACUGUAGAGGGAAUGAGUGAUUCCUUAUGA